AUGGCUCACAUAUCAAUAAAAAAUAUAUAUGGAAAAACCCCUCUUCAUAUUGCAACAGAUAAGAAUUUUAAAGAAAUAGCUGAACUUCUUGUUUUGCAUGGUUCAAAGAAUAAUGUUCAUACAUAA